AUGGAAACCAGUUGUGAUAGAAUCGAAGUGGCGAUUAUGUCGGUGGCGAAUCUACCAAUAAACCUCGAGUCAAGAAACACAGUUAAAAUCUAUCUAUACAACAUUAUCCAAGAGGUUGUCGGAGACGUACGUGGAUCGGUAACACAUUUAGGAGCAUCUUACAUCCGUUUGCAGCCACGUGGUGGUUUCACGCCACCUAAUCUCUCUGAAUUCCUUCGUGAUAUGUCUGUUCCUGAGUCGGGAGAUUUAGGUCAAUUAAUCGCCUAUGAAAUCGAUCAAAGACUUUCUGCUGAUAAUACUCUUAGAGAACCUGUUUUCGUAACCGUCAAUGUGUUCUUCAUCAUCGAGAGGCCGAUUCUGCUUUCACCGGCAAAGGGUGCUUCGCGGGGAGUUUUGCAGAGAUUAGUUGAAGAACAGAGAGUGGAACCUAAGGAUUUGGAAGGAAAAAGUGAGACUCAGUGUUCGAUUUGUAUAGUGGAUUUUUGCGAGAGUCGUGAGUGCAUUACUGAGCUGCCUGAAUGCAAACAUAUGUUUCAUGAAAAUUGUCUUUUCGAGUGGUUUAGUUGUCAAAGCUCGUGCCCCUUGUGUCGGGGUGUUCCGUACGAGGGAGAUGGUAACAAACAGAGUCAAAGGUUAGGCUUGAGGGCUUUAAAUUUGAGUUGA